AUGGUUGAAGAGUUAAAUGUUCAUAUUGGAGAUUGGGCAUAUCCGAUUAUUUGGACGAUUUCUGUUUUUGGUACAGCACUCAAUCUCUUUGGCUUUUUUGUGAUCAUUAGAUAUUCACCCAAGGAAAUGAGAGAGUAUUCACAUGGAUUGAUCAACUUGCAGUUCGCCUCAACCCUUUGUGACCAUUUGAUGGCCGACGCCGCUGCCCCAUUUCUUCUAUUUCCAAUUUUUGGGGGAAUUCCGAUGGGAUGGAUGCAUCAUCUAGGAAUCUCUUCAGAAAUACAUUCGGUUCUUUGCUUAUCAGCUAUUGGCCAUACUCAAACUGCCUCUGUUUGUUUGUUCUUUGCCCGAUUUCAGCUCAUCCUCCCCGUUGGGCACGCGUUAAAAUGUUCGACUAGAUUUCUUCACGUUUUCUUCAUUGUGAUGUCACUUUCUUCCUAUUUGCAAAUCAGCGGAUUUUUCUAUGCGAUUCAUGAGACAAAUGGGAACAAAACGAGAGAAUACUAUCGAGAAAACUACCCAGAACUUGGCCAAUUUAUCAACCUCGACACAUUCGAUGCGAUUCCACCGAAUAGUGUGUCCACGGCUCUCUUGACUGUCAUACCAUUCAUGCUAAUCACUGCCGGAAUGAUGUUUGGCUUUUCUUUUGGUUGUUUCUACUCGCUACGCCAACAGGCUAGCAUCAUGGAGAUGCGCUUGAUCAAGGAAGAGAAAAAGCUCAUUCACGCUUUGAUUAUACAGGUCACUGUGCCGGUGCUGCUCAGCUUUACUCCUCUAACAGCUUUCGCCGCCUGGCCAAAGCUAGCAAUUAACUCUCAAAUUACGAAAUAUUUCCCAUUGAUGACCCUCAUCCUAUCAAAAGGCUCGACUGCUCACUUCACCCAUUGGAAGGAGGGCACAUCGACGCAUGAGCAGACCGAUAUGGCGCUUCUCCAGAAAUUGCCCACUAGACAAGGUUAU